AUGCAGUACAGCGUCUACAGCGGCGGCCACCAUCACCACCACCACCACCCCCAUCUUCAGCAGCACCCGCCCCACCGCGGCGGCGGCGGCGGGGGGGGCGGCGGCGGAGGGGGCGCGGCGCUGCCCAAAGUGAAGCCCCCCGCCGGCCACGUCUACGAGUACAUCCCGCACCCCCUGGGCCACAUGUGCAAAAACCCCAUCUACCGCUCCCGGGAGGGCAACGCGGGCGAGGAUUACAAAGACCUCCACGAGCUCAAGGUCACCUACAGCAGCCACCCCCUGCAACCCGGUGGGGGCGCGCCGCCGCCCCCGCCACCCCCGCCGCCGCCGGCGCCCGGCGGGGAGGAUGCGCCCGCGCGCAGCCCCGCGUACAGCGUGAGCACCAUCGAGCCGCGGGAGGAGCUGCUCUCCCCGGUGCAAGACGCCGACCGCUUUUACAGGGGCAUUUUGGAGCCCGACAAACACUCCUCCUCCUCCACGCUGGGCACACCCGGCUCCACCCUCCCCGACUACCCCAAACUCCCCGCCGCCUACACCUACUCCCCCAACUAUGACCUUAGGCGUGCCCACCAGUACUUGCACCCGGGGCCGGGGGACGGCAGGCUCCGGGAGACGGUGCUCUACAGCCCCCCGAGUACUGUCUAUGUGGAGCCCAACAGGAACGAGUACCUGGAGCUAAAAGCAAAACUAAACGCAGAGCCGGACUACCUCGAAGUGCUGGAAAAACAGACCACAUUCAGCCAGUUCUGAGAAACAGCCCCCCUUUUCCCCCACCCCCACCCCCGCCAGCCACAGCAGCUCCUUCUCUAGAGUAUUUGUAUUUAACAACCACACGCAAAACAAAGAAACGUAAAUGCCGACCUCCCCCUCCCACCUCGGCCCCCUUCUUUUUUCCCCCCUUUAAUUCAUUUUAUUGUAGGGUGAAGUGCCUUGGCACAGGAUUUUUCAGCUUCGGGGAAUGAUUCUGAAAGGGUGUGCUGUUUAUUUUAUUUUAUUUUCAGUUGGCUGUGGUUUUUUUAUUUAUUUUUUUUUUUUUAAACAGUGCAAGUAGGAAACCACCUAUUGUGUAAAUUGGGCACAUCAUUGGUAUUGUGCGUGUGUCCGUGUGUGCUUGGGGAAGGUGGCAGGAGGGUCUUGUCAGGUGAUAUUCAGGUUACAAGUACAAAAGUCAUGGUCACUUUUUUUUUUUUUUUUUUUUGUAUACGGGCAUUGUUUAAUUUUGUUUUCUUUCUGGUUGAAGAGUACAGCGCACAUUUUCCCCUUUUAGCCAUGGGUGAGUCUAAAUGGCUUUUAUGGAGAGAUUAGCACACCCCGACUUUAAUACAAGGUUUCCUUUUUUUAAGGAUGUGUUUGUAUGCUUUCUGGACUUUUGAAUUAAAAAAUAUAUUAUGAUCUUUAAAAGGAUCACUGUAGAUGUGGACAAAUCAUUAAAGAGUGCAGAGAUAUAUGAUCCAUAACUGGUUAGUGAAAAUAACUUAUUGAUUAAAUAUAAAAAAAUAUUUUAUUGUAGCACCUAUUUUUAUAUGCACAUUAGCAUUUCUCUUUCCUUCACUAUUUUAGAGCCUAAUCCUGCAAAUUCUUACUCACUUGAGUAUCUCUACUUGUGAAAGAGUCCCAGCUUAGGCCUUCAUCCUGCAGGCACUUAAGCACAUGGACAACUUUACCAAUACGUCUAGUCCCAUAGACUCACUCAUUGAGCAAAGUUAGUCAAAUGCCCAAAACAUUAGGAUAGAGGAUGCAGAACUAUUCUUACAAGUAAAACUAUUGGGAUGUUUUAAGUGUUUCUUCUUUUUUUUUCAGGAUGGGGUCCAAAGUCUGUGGAUUGCUUUAAAGUGUUGCGCUACAUUGAGAGCUUUUUUCCAAAGCUGAUGUAGUAUCAGAAGGACCUUUUAAAUCAUUACAGAUAAUGCCAAUUAUGACCAAGUCUUAACAGACAAUCUAAGACAUAAAAUCUGAAAAAAUUCAUGUUUCUCUAUUUAAAAAUAUACCUUUUAGCAACCUCCUGCUCAGGCAUCUGGUUGGGCAAACUAAUGAGGGACAUGAAGAAGGCACUCAUUUUAGCAGGAAAAAAAAAAAAGUGUUUCAGUUUUGAUUUGUCAGGUGUUUUGUUUUUUUUCUCUUUUUUCCUUUUUUAUUAGUUAACCAAAAUAUAAUGAUUUUACAACUGUUGUAGCCAUUUUCUGGUUGUUUAAUCAAGUACAAUUGCACUUGUACAGAUCCACGUGUUUGCUGGCGCCCUGAAAGACCAAAUGAUGGACUGUACACAUCUAUAUACAAUCUCUUUACCCCUUUGGGCAGCAGGCAAUGGCAAGGAUAUUCAUAAACACAGCAUCACUGUAAGAUGGGACAACUUAUGUCUCAUAUGUAUCCCAGCACAUGUGAUUUUUUAAUAAUUUCUGAAUAAACACUUGAUAAAUAUUUCAAAUGUAAGAUCAUGAAGUAAUGAGUAUCUGAAGUUUAAAAUUUCUUGCCAAAAUCAUCUGCUAUUAUGUUGGAUUCUCUUCACUAGCAAUUAUGGCUUGUAAGAAAGAUCUAACAUUUUUAGGCAAAACAUAUUUUCAAAACAUGACAUAUGGUAAUUACCAGCACACAUAACAUGGGUCAGAGAGCAACACAGGGAUAUGUGUUUCACCAACAUAUUGAAUAGGAUAGUUUUAUAUUUACAUUUUGUUUCAUUACUGAAGUGUUCUUUAAUACAUGGAACAGGAUAAGUGAUAUUUUACAUGUGGUUUUGUCUUUCUUCAUUAGUUUAUCCUGUUUGAUAUCAUUUGCAGAGUUGCUCACUAGUACAUCUUUUAUUGCAAAAGGACUCUGUUCUGUUCUGCUUUUCCUAUCCAUGUACAAUCUGUCACUUUCUACAAAAAACAAAGCUAUAUAACUGGUUUCUUGGAAUUCAAGAUAAAUGUUUUGUUGGCAUGUGUUCUUCCCUCUAUGCCACCCACACUGAGCAAAAGCAAAGAAAAAAAAAAGCAUGACUGUAUUUAGCUUGGACAGUUUAGUAAGUGGAGUGUUAUUUCAGUUUGAAAUGCAGAUAUGAGGAGCGUUCUUCUGUCACAAGAGACAUGACACAUGGCUAUUCCAUACACUGCACUCAAUCUCCUGAAGACAUUGACAAUAGUGAGAGGUGUGAAUGUUGCUGCCUGAGGUGCAGUUUUGGAGCCCUAAUUUUGAAUUACUGCCUAUAUAACUAUUGCUGAAACCAGUGGCCUGGUUCUCCUUCCGUUUAAACUCAGUAGACGGCACGCUGUUGUUAAAUGGGUAUAAGUAAGAAAAUUUUCAGCCUCACUGGCUUUGCCAUUCACUAAGAGAAAGGCUGACUCAGUAAAGAUUGAAUGAGAAGGUCCUGCAAACUAUGUGUCUGUUCAUGUGUAUAUAUUAUGUUUCCUGUGUGAUUCUAAACUCAUCAUACACAGGAGUGUAUGAUACAUAUGACACAUUUCCACAGGUGUCAAUACAAAUGUGGGAUUAGGUCCUUAAUGUGAAACGUACAUUUUACAUGGCAUUCUGCCACAAAGAGGCAGCAUCCACAAAUGAGUAAAUGAGUAGGAAAUGCUUGGAUUUGUAAGAAAUAGCUGAUCGAAAUGCCUCAGCAGUCUGUUUAUGCUUACGUUCUGAUGCUGCCAUUUAACAAGCCAGUACUUCUGCUGCUUCCAUGUUUUCUACAUGCACUUGGUAACUGUUAAUGAAGAAUUUUUCUAAUAUUCUACACUGAAAUCAGAACAAUUAAUUUAAAUCUCUUCAACUUUUCAUCUUCAGUAGAAAAAAUAUUAUCGGUUCCAUUACUGGAGAAAAAAAAGAAAUUACAUCAGUUACCUUUAAAUAGUGCAUUAUUGAAGAUAAAUCCUUAAAAAGGGAUACAUAGUGCAAAAUAAUAUCUUUUAGUCCAUAAUUAUCUGGAAACACCUGAAAGGACUAUUUGUGAAUGAGGACUUUAAUGGAAGCAGGAUUUCCCACUCAGUGGCUACCAUGGUCCAUCAUCUAUAGAAAUUAUAGUAAGAAAAAGUAGAUGGGAAUAUUACUUGACAAAGAGAGAUGUGCCUCUGAUUUGAAAACAGGAUAAUCUGAACAAAGAAGAAAUAUAUGUAUAAGAAUAUGACCCUUGUUUUGUUAGCAAGAUAAGUGAAACCACUUGCAUGAUGAUCUGCUGAGUUAGUGCUGACCAAAGGGGUAAACGUGUUAGAAGAAAAAAGAAAUAGCCCUAUUUUGAGAAUUCUGAAUAUUAAUUUAGUAUGUUUUUAUAAAACUGGUUGUUUAUCAGACUGGUUUAGGUUGGUUAUUAGAGUGAUUUUUUUUCCCCCGUCUCUUUUUUUUAAUUAUUAUUCUUUUGACAAGUAAUAUUGAACUUAUUGAAUCACUCAUAUGGCCUCUUAUUUUAUCUCAAAAGUGCAUGAAAUUCUGUGAUAAAGAGGAAAAAAGGUGGAAGGGAAUUCUAAUUUCUCAAUGUAACUACUAGAAUCAACACAUGGAUUGUUAUAAUA